AUGUACGAAAACACAAAUUUGCCUCCCGACCCUUACUCUCAGGAUUAUAAUGAUCCAGUGCCUCCCGUAGUUCCUCCCACUGAUCGGGACCCUCUUCCCCCUCGAGGCCGUUCGAGGUCACGUAGCCCUCCUCGGGAGAAUGGCUACAGAAGCCCAUUUCGUCCAACCUCUGCUCCCAGGAGACCAGCGCAUGCUCCUAUUUCCAAGGCCCCGAACCCCUCAAGCGUUCUCGGAGUGUUCGGACUGAGUAUUCGUACGCAAGAAAGGGACUUGGACGAAGAGUUCAGUCGUUUCGGUCGCGUUGAGAAGGUGACCAUUGUAUAUGAUCAGCGUUCCGAUCGCUCUCGGGGCUUUGGAUUCAUCAGAAUGGCUACUACUGAAGAUGCAACCCGCUGUAUCCAAGAAUUAAACGGAGUUGAUCUCAAUGGACGACGCAUUCGUGUAGACUACUCUGUCACCGACCGUCCUCAUGCUCCAACUCCUGGUGAAUACAUGGGUCAUCGUCGUGCGACUCGGGACACACGCUAUGACCGCGACAGGGAAAGGGAUUACUAUCGUGACUCUCGCGAUUCGCAUAGGGACCGGGAUCGCAGAGACCGUGAUAACUAUGGCAGGGACUCUCGGGACUGGCGUGAGCGCCGUAGCCCCCCGCCUCGAAGCGGAAGGUACUCUCCGGAGUAUAGACGCCGAAGGAGCUAUUCUCGUAGCCCACCUCGGGGCAGUAGCCCUGCCCGUCCUAGUCGGGAUUUUGACGCCCCUCCGGCGACAGAGGCGCGUUGGUAAAUUCUUCGGCUCGUCGUCGUUCUGACAACUACGCUGAGUUCAAUCUCAAAAAGAGAAGGUCCACGCAGCCAAAGAGUUUACCCUUGAUUACGGGACCGUUGUCCUGUCGUUUCGUUCAAGUUAAUUACCGUUAUCUUAUCACAAAAGAAGACUGGAACGCUCUUCAAUAGUCCAAACUUCCCAAGUUGUCAAGUUUUCGUCGUCGUCUCAAGUUUUGUCUAGUUAUCGUUUGCUUUCGAUGUUCCAUUUUUAUUGCAAGUACAAGU